AUGGCUCCUCUCCAGGACGAUCCAAGGGAUUCGGAAAUUCUCGUUAAAACAGGGAAUGUGUCAAUGUUUAUUGACCAUCCCAUGGAUGUCACCAGUGGUGGACAUGACAGCAAAUAUAGACAGCCGAGUUCAUCUUCAAGAUGGCUCAUUCUACCUCCAGCGAAGAGCUGCAGUAAAGUAGCCUGCUUUCUCCUAAUACUGGACAUCACCAAUGGAGCGCCUAAGUAUGCUCUUCCUCCCCAAGUACCUGGCAGACCAUUCCUUAUCUACUGGAAUAUCCCAACUGAACAAUGCUCGCGACGAUGGCAUGUCAAUCUCCCACUCCAGAAAUUUCACAUUAUCAGUAAUCAUAAGGAACAAUUUAGGGGAAAAAAGAUCACUAUAUUGUACUCCAAUCAGGCAGGUUUAUAUCCCAAAUUUGACGAACAUACAAAUGUUCCUUCAAAUGGAGCCGUUCCUCAAAACGUUAGUUUACCUGCCCACCUUAACCAGCUGGUUAAGGAUAUUAAGAAAUAUAUACCUCACGAAGGGUUCCAGGGAUUGGCGAUUAUUGACUGGGAGGAAUGGAGGCCACAGUGGGUUCGCAACUGGAGCAAAAAAGACAUUUACCGUCGGACAUCACAGGAUAUUGUUAGGGCCAGACACCCCGACUGGUCAGAAAAGGAAAUCACCAAACAAGCAAAAUUAGAGUUUGACACGGCAGCAAGGAAUUUCAUGACAGAGUCUUUGAAGACGAGCAUCGGGGUUUACCCCAAAGCUUUAUGGGGAUACUACCUCUUCCCUGACUGCUACAAUUAUGACUACAAAAAGAAUUUUGAUACCUACACAGGCAAUUGCCCUGAUAUUGAAUAUAGUCGCAACAAUAAUCUAGUGUGGAUGUGGGGCACAGCCAAGGCUUUGUUCCCUUCAAUUUAUAUGGAAGAAAAAUUAGGAUCCACAAUUCAAGGAAAGAAGUUUAUCCGGAAAGUAAAGGAAGCCGUCAGGGCUGCAGGGAUGUCUGGCAAAAAAUAUGCUGUGCCAAUCUUUUUCUACGCACGCUCACACUAUUCAUUUAGCUUCAAACCUAUGACAGAGACCGACUUUAUCCACAGCAUUGGGGAAGCUGCAUCACUCGGAGGAGAUGGCAUCGUCCUGUGGGGGAGUUCAGAAUACUCGCGCAGCACAGAAAAUUGCCAGCAUGUUAAGGAUUUAUUGGACAAAAAGCUGGGCCCUUACCUUGUGAAUGUGUCGCUUGCCACACAGUUCUGCAGCAAGACCCUAUGCCAUGCAAACGGACGGUGUAUACGCAAGAAUCCUGAAGCCGAUGUCUACCUACAUUUGAAGGAAGACACGUAUCGCAGUGUUGUCAACAGAGCCGAUAAUACUCUUUAUCCAAAUCUGAAACAGUUAAAGGAAUUGUUUUUCAUGAGGCUGCGUAGCAAACGUUCAGAAAUGUCUAUAAAAGACAAUUGCUCCCCUAAGGUUGCUACCAUUGACUUCAGUGUCCCUGUGCUGGAUCGAGUAAAAAUAGCCAAGAUCCUGAUCACUACCUGGAGAUCUUUGCUGGAAAGCACGUUACGGGCUCCUUGA